AUGUCGACCCUCUCGCGCGCCCAGAAGGUCGCGCAGGCUGCAUCGCGCAUCUUCGGCACGCACAUCGGCAACGGGCUGCAGAGCGGGCGCAAGGAGCUGCGCAAGAACCUCGCGGGGCCCAAGAUCAUGAGCUGGUACCAGAGGCCCAUCGGGAAGGACAUCGAUCCGCUCUUCGUGGACCCCGAGGUGGAGAGGAGGAAGCUCAAGAUCGAGCGUCUGGCGCGUCGCGGAAAGGUCACGCCCAAGAAGGGCGAGGGCAAACGGGCGAAGAAGAAGUAA